GGAUGUGUGGGGCCGAGCACGAUCCCGGUCGGGGGGUCCCGGGAGCCUCUUGCCUUCCCCGGUAGAGAGGGGCGAUCCGGCGCGCACACAGCCGUGUGAAUGCGGAGCCAGAGGCACAUGCACACCCCGCGGAGGGGGGGGCUGGAAGGAUCCCGCGGCCGGGCAGCAGCUUUCGGUGACAGCUCUGCCGCCGGCCCGGCCGUGCCCGGCGCCGGGCUCGUCCCCCCGGUGCCCCCCGGUGUCCCUCGUCGCUGGGCUCCGGUGCCCCGCGGGGUCCCGCCGCCCCAUCCCAGCUAUAUCCGCACGCUAAAUCCAAAACCCAAACCAAACAACAACAACAAACAACAAAAAUCAUAAAGAAAAAAGGAAGAAGCGCGGUGCAGACGGAGCGCUUUAUUGGCCGGCGCACAAUCCCUGCGCUCUCCCCAGCCGCCCGCCGCGUUAAUUUCAUAGCACCGGCGACAUGAGGACCUCAUACCUCCGGACAACUGGAUUUCCAGGCAGGGUCCCAAGAGCAGCACCCAGAGCCAGCUCCCGCUGCCAGGCGGCGCUCCCCGCGGCUCGGGCCGCUCCCGCCGCUGCUGAGCGCGGCCCCGGGGCCGCAGCGGGCACAGACCCCGGCACCGGCCGCGGACACAGCACCUGCGGCGGCCGGGGGAGGCCGCCGGGGCUCGCUUGUGCUGGCGGCUCCCCUCCGCCUCCACCCAGACCCGCGACCUCGCCCCCCUUCCCCACGCCUGCCCCCACCGCGCAAAAAGAGGGUCCCGGCGGCCGGACCCCGACCUGGCCCCCCAUGCAUCGCCCGUCCGGCCGCUCGGCUCCCCGGCGUUGAUGUCCAUCUCGGGUCCGACGAGACCAGCUCGGAGGGGCCCGUGUUGGAAGGAGAUCUAAGAUGAAGUUAUGGGAUGUUGUGGCUGUCUGCGUGGUGCUGCUCAACACGGUCUCCACCUCGCCCCUGCCCACCGGUAAGAUGCCUCCCGAGGGGCCCCCUUCAGUGGUAGAGGGGCCUGAAGACGAUCUCUCCCCCAUCAGCCUGCCGCCUCCCUAUGCUGUGCACAGUGACUCUAAUAUGCCAGAGGAUUAUCCAGAUCAGUUUGAUGAGGUAGUGGACUUUAUCCAAGCCACCAUUAAAAGACUGAGGAGGUCGCCAGAUAAACAGACUCCAAUUUUUUCCAGGCGGGAGAGGAACCGGCAAAAUGCAGCCAUGAACAUAGAGAAUUCCAGCAAAAAGGGAAGGAGGAAUCAAAAGGGUAAAAAUCGGGGAUGUGUCUUAACAGAAAUACAUUUAAAUGUGACUGACUUGGAUUUGGGAUACGAAACCAAAGAAGAGCUCAUCUUCCGGUAUUGCAGUGGAUCUUGUGAUGCAGCUGAGACUACAUAUGACAAAAUUUUAAAAAACUUAACCCGAAAGAAAAAACUAGUCAAUGACAAAGUGAGGCAAGCUUGUUGCAGACCCACAGCCUUUGAUGACGACCUGUCCUUUUUGGACGAUAACCUGGUUUACCACAUACUGAAAAAACAUUCCGCGAAAAGGUGUGGAUGUGUCUGACACUUGCUCACUGGAGGCGGCUCCAGUUUUGCAUUCCUGCCAUGAUGCAAAGAAAGGGACCAAGGUUCCCGGGGAAGCUUCUGCUCAGAAUGGAGAAAAGAGGACCAAGAACGCAGAGCGAGGGGGCGUGGGAGCCCAGGGGAGCGCGAGGCUGCCUAAAAGAUGGAGGCUUUUGAAGUCCUACAGGAAAGUAAAUAAAAGCUUGGGUGGAGAGCCAAUGGCUGGAUGGCGUGCGCACUCCCGUUCCCAUUUGACACAGUCCACCACCAGUGAGACUCGGAUCCAUGAGGAACGUGCUUAAAAACACAACCCUGCAGUACCACACUGCGGUGCGGUCACCCCCACCCGCACCAGGAAACUGAGCUGAGGAGCAGCUUAGGGGUACCCUGCUCAUCCCCUGUGCCCUCAGCUCUACCAAAAGACACGUUGCGCUGUUGCUCGUUGAAGGGUGGUUCCUCAGCACUUAGGACCACUUCUAAACUAUAAUGAGAUUAAUCUAAGAUGGUAUCGGGCAAAAGUCAAAAUUCCCAGGCUCAAGUUCUGCAGGGCCAGUAUCGGUAUAAAGCAAAACAGUUCCACUUACUGGUUAAGUUUGGUUAUUUCCAUCUCGUGUUUCUUCAAAGCAAGUGUAGGAUUUCAUUCUUCUGCUACCUAUGAGAACAAGUUGAGUUUUUAAGCACUUCUUCCUAGUAUAGUAAGAGAAACAACAUGCCUGGCCUACACAAAACGUGUUUCUUUUGGUUUACAAAGGACUAAUGUUACUUGGGUAACUACAUUUGUAUUUGGUCAUUGUGAGUGAGCAGAGACUACUUGAUGCAAUGCAUCCAUUCAGAGACAUAAAUAUACAGAAGAUAUUUAUUAAGAUUAAGUUAUUGUUAUUUAUUACAGUUCGGUAAUGAGUCUCCUUUCCUUAUUUAUUAAAGUUUCUUUUCAAAGGUGCCAAAGUAGAAGGUGCUUGGAAGAUACAGAGAGACAAAUAAGUUGGGAACAACGGUCCAUGCUUUUGAAAGUGUUAACUUGAAUGCAAAAAAUCACUUACUUUACCUUUUUUGCUUUUAAACAAAAACCUGAUUAUGUUCACAGAAUGUAGUGCCAAAGUCUGCAGCCCUUUCUCCUGUUCACCAACACUUCUGAAAGUGACUGCAGUCAUACCAGUGGAGGAGCAAAUGGCUCUACAUGAGUGAGGGUCGCAGCACUUGGCUCAGCAUUAGCCAUUUGUUAGACAAACUAAUUCUAGUCAUAUUUAAAAUGUAGCCACAUUUUUUUUCUCACACUUUUUGCCAACUGACCUCGUAUAACUAUUGACAAAUGGAAAUUAAUCACAUUUAGCCUUAUAAUUUCUUGUUGUAUUUAUUUAAGCUUUUCCUUCCGUAUUUCCAUAUAGAAAAAGUUAAAUCCCUCUUAUUAGUUAGCCCUGGAUUUAAUAUAGUUUGCAGGUAAACAAUUGUGUUAAAUAACCAAAGAGUUUUAUAUAAUUUACUGAAACAUUACAGGAUCAUACCAUGCAGCAGAGCAAUCUGAGUUUCCUUACAGUGAAGGGGAUAGUACAGCAAAGGCAUUUGUACCUGACCGCCCGCUUGUUCUAUAGACUAUUUUCCUUGAAGGAGCAGCAGUGCAGGUCUCUAGACAUACCUGACAAUCAGUGAAGCAUCAACUCACACAAAACCAAAAAAAAAAAAAUAAUAAAAAAAAAAAAGUAAGAAAAAAAAUCCCAAUUGAAAAACAAAAAGGAUGGUCCAACCUUUUAUCUCAUGCGUGCAAUGACUUGACUCUCCUCACUCAUUUUGCCCUGGGCCCCUCGGGCACCAGACAAGAAGGCUCUAGUGGACAAAAAAGUCCAGAACACACCUAGAAAGAUGUGCAUUGUCUGCAAAAUAUAAUUCAUCCGCGACCUCCGCUGCUUUCACAGAUUUACAGAAUUGUAGGGGUUGGAAGGGACUUCACGAGAUCAUCGGGUCCAAUCCCCCAGCUUUCUUGGGCUGAUGGAGGCAGCACAGAGACCACCUGCAGGGUCAUGGGGAUACCUCAGCCCCUGUGCUGGGCAGGGCACAGCUGAGAUGCCACCAUUGGCAUCGGUGUGAUUUGGGCACUAUCAGCUCAACCUGCCAGGCCAGGGCUGAGUUGCCCUGCGGGGUGGUUGGCUGCGCGCAGCGCUCGGGGGUGCGCAGCCCCUGCUGCUCAGCACUUACCCCCACAGCAUUGUCUGCGCAGCUCAAAGAGGCUGCCACCAAAGCAAAUCACUAUGUUAAAAAUACAAAAGGGUAAAGUUUGUGAUUUUUUUUUAAACCUUAUUGAAAACAGGAGUGUGCUUCUCUGGAGUUUUUUACUUCACCUGCGAUUUAUGUCUCAGUCAUUUGUGUUAAUCAACCAAAGUUCUCUACAGACUUUAUUUUUGUACAAUAUUCAUUUUAUAACUUUUUACAAAAUAAAACUCAUUUCUAUUGUUA